CGCAACCGCAGACACCAUGGUUACCAGAAGUAAAUAAUUUGAUGUGUGCAGUUGAGACUUUUAUGGUUGUGGUGAUCUUAUUUUAAAUAUUAUUCAAGUAUUUUAGAACAGACGGACGUAACAUGCCUGGCAGUACCAUUUCUGCUAGUAACAGCUCCGCCUCCUCGGCCUCGAGGAGAGCAAAAACCCGACAGUACCGGACAGUCAGUCACCACUCACAGGUGGACGAGAGCCUGUUUGGUGAUCGCAACCAGAACAACCAGAAAAACUGUGCCCCCCUCGAUAACCCCCAAGAAGUUAAUAUUCAGAAGCAGGCACGUGAUCGAAACCGGAAGAAGAGAACUCCGUAUCAAAACAAAGAGACUGUUCAAAUCAUAACCAAAGAUCUUAUUCGCAAUCUCAUUGUACCUACAGACGACCCCUCUGGAAAAUCGAUCAUUCUAGACCCGGGGGAGUUUAGCCGAAUCCUCGGCAGUUCACAUGUGCUCACAAGAGAGGAGAAACUGGCUCGAUGGGAAGCGAUGAAGAGGGAGAAAGAACAGUUAGUGGAUGACGCACUUGAACGCAAACGUUUCAUCAAGAGCAUGGACCUUGCCCGACAGAAACAUGAGAGGUUAACUGACCUUGAACUUGAGGCGAAAGACAAAGCCGAACAUCUGCUAGCUAACGCAAAUGCCAUGAGACAGGAACAAGAGGACGAGAUCAAAUAUCUCAAUGAGCUGAUCCUGAAUGCGAAGUGCCAUGCAAUCCGUGAUGCACAGAUCCUGGAGAAGGGCCAGAUAAAGCGUGAGAUGACGGAGGAGGAGCGCCGACUCGACAAGAUGAUGGAGGUCGACCGGCAGAACGCCAUUGUCGUACAGGAGGAGAUCGAGCGGCGUCGCCGUGACGACAAGCUGUUUGGGGCGGGCAAGCUGCUGGAGCAGAUUGAGGAGAAUGAGCAGUCGCGUCUGUUUGAGCUGGAGAAGAAGGACCAGGAGAACGUCCAGAUGCAGAAGUACAUCGAGAAGCUGAUGGAGGAGGACAUCGCCGACCUCGAUAAGAAGAAACGUGACCAGGUCGAGCUGCGGGAAGAGCUAAAUAAAGCUAAUGAUGCCAUCAUGCGGCGCCGGGAGUUGGUAAAAGAGCAGGAAAUGCUAGCAGAGAUGAAAGUUCUUGAGUUCCAGAAAGAAAAAGCGGAGCGCGAGGCCGUGUACGAGGCUGAGCAGGAGAGAAUCCGCAUCCAGAAGGAGAAGGAAGUGGCUCACCUGCGCAGUCUGCAGGAGCGAGCCCAGGACAAGCAGGCCGAACGGGACGCGAUACGGGCGCGGCGGGCCCAGGAGGAGACGGAGCGGGAAUGGCGGUUGAAGGAGGCUGCCCAGCAGGAGAAGAAGGCUGCAGUGGAGGCCAUGUUGAAGGAGGCGCGCACGGUGCAGCUGCAGCACAAGGAACACAACCUGGCCGUGCAGGCGCAGAGGGAGCGCGCAGAGUUUGAACGCGUUCUCAGGGCUCAAAAUGAGUUGAUGGAGAAGGAGAAGCGAGAGGAGGAGACUGCCGCAUGUAAACGUCAUCACCACGCCGACGAGGUUCGAGCCCAGAUCCGCCAGCGCGAGCGAGAGCGCAUCCUUGAGAGAAAUGAGUUCUUCGAGGAGGGCGUGCGACUGGACGAGGAGGCGCGCCUUCGCAGACAGAAACUGGAUGAGGUGAAGAGCAAGAAACUGCAGGAACUCAGGGCUGCUGGUAUACCAGAGAAGUACCUGUCACAAGUUGAACGUAAAGUCAACCAGCCUCAGAAGAUUAUGGUUUAAAGUAAACCCUGACUCAUACCAAUGAUGAAGAAUUGCCAUUCACAUAUUGUCAAAAUCAGCAACCGAUUGUGAUUGAAUACCUACAAUCAGUGUUUUAGAAUAUAGUAUUUCUUCCAUUCAGCCAUAUAGUAUUAUGGAAAAGGACUUGCAUUGAACAUUCAGAGUGGAAGUUACAUAAAUAUCAGUAUUUUUAUUAACACAUUGUGGAAGCCAUUCUUUUAUUUAUAUGGUGUAUUUUGUAUUGUUAAUGAUGUAAAUAAAUAUAUAAAUAUGAUGGUUAUACAUAUUGUUCUUGUACUGUAUAUUGAAAUUGAACUAGGGUGGAUUUUAAAUGAAUGUACAUGUAUAUGGGUGUGUUUGUUUUAAUAACAUUGCCAGUGUUUUAUGCUGUUUAAAGCACCAAUCUCAAGUAUAUUUUUAAUACAUUGGGAACACGUGAUGAAGAAAAUACUAUGUAAGCAUUUCCUCGGUCUCCAGAAAUGAUUUUAAAAUUUUCAGUUUUGGACUGCUGGAUGAAUUUGUAAAUUACUUUUUUUAUACAUUCAGAUAUGUAUUUGACAUCAGAUAUGUAUUUGACAUCACUAGAUGUGAAAACGUGACUGCUUCUAGCAAGAAUCUAGGUUUCAGACUGAAAUGUCAUUCAGUGUUAUAGGAGAUUUAUGUACGUGGUGUUUUUGCAUUUGAAAAAGAUGUUAAUUGAUUUCGAAGGCAAGAUUUGGUCGUUAUUAGCAACACCAUAUAGUCAUGAGCCAAACAUUUAAGAUACAGUGAAAUUCUUUAUCUUUGUAGAUUUAAAUUCUUAGGUUUUGCCAAAAAUAGAAAUUUCAUUGGGUACUUUAAUUCAUGGAUAGAAAAGGUAGUAUCAUAAAUUAGUAAACAUGUAAUAUAUUUUCAUUGUGUUCUCAAGUUCACUGACUUGACUAGUCCACAAAUUACACAAAACGUAGGCAACCACGAAAAAAUAAAUGCAUGUCUUUCGUGUAAUAUGUGGCAUGGUCUCUAUAUAUAUUUUUGUAAAUAAAGGUUUUUUCUUUUGUUACAUAGUGUUAAAUGUAUUGUUUAAUAUGGAUAAUAUAUAUUCGUUGUGUAAUAUAUAUAAUGUUAUACAAGUUGUUCAGACUGUGAUUUAUUUAUUUAUUUCAGGUAGUGACUGAUUUGCAUGCAAAAUAGUUCUAUCAUUGUUAUAUUGUAGGGAGACAUACCGUUUUAAAAACCCCCCACAAUUGCUGGACUUGAGACGCCCAUGGUUGAUAAAAAUAAUAAGUCGCAACUGGUGAAUUUCAUCAGCUAUUGAAACUUCUCCAUUGGCUAUGUUGUACAGAUUACCGAUUAAUUAAUUUUCUUUUAAAAAUGUCAAGAAAUAGAUAUUAAUUUUUAGUACUGUGUAACUCUUGUAAACCAGACACCCUCGUAACCAAGUAAAAAGUCUGGUUUUAAGAGGUAUCCGUUUUAGAGAGGUUCCCUUCUGUACAGAUGUUUAAAAAGACAAUGAAAAAUGUCCUGUUUUGAGGGAAUUCUGGUUUACAGAGGGUAUGGUUUUGAGAGGUUUCACUGUGUUAUGAUAGCAGAAAUCUCCAACAAAUGUUGCUCAUAUAAUGGGUGAAGCAUUUACUAUGAAAAUACACAACUGAAAAUAAAAACGUGUCAUUUAUUUUUGGUAUUUUAUUUCUGUAGAGUAAAAUAAUUUUUAAAAAUUGCACCAUUAUUUUGGCGAGUAUUUGGAUAGUUACUCAAUAGUGAUGCCGAAAAGACAUGUCACCAACUUUCACUACAUCUACCAUGGAAAUGAAAUAAAUAAAUCUGUUUUGAAAUAGUUUUAUGUUUUCUUGUAUUGUAAACUAUUUUUCAGAAUUUCAAGGAACAAAUAUUUUGGGUUCAUUAUAAAAAUAAUUGCACAGAAUUGGCUGGAAGCAACAUUAAAUAUAAUAAUUGGGAUCAUUGUGAAUGCUGUGUAAAAUAAUAAACAAAACAUACAAAAA